UUAAUUUCUCCCACAACCUACAAUAAAGAAUUCAACGAAUUCACACAUUUUGAUCGAAAAAAGAAUUCUUUGUAAUAUGUUCACAGUCCCGCGACGAGGUUUUUGCCCUUCUCACUUAUGCGAAUCCGUGGCGCUUGGGCCACUAAUUUUGUAGAUUUGAUCUCGCUAAAUCUCGAAUUUUAUUCGCCAUAUUGAUGAUUUGGAAGGGCAAGCUGACGUAGGCCUCUCAUUAAGAGGAUAUGAAUAUAUCAUUUAAAUUAGUUAAAUUAGUUUUAUAAUAGUUGAAAUUUCCAUGUGUUUGUGUCUUUAUAGUUUGAUAUUUCCGUAGAUCAACAAUUAGCGGCUCAUCAUGGGUAAAAGAAAAUCAACCAAGCCUCAAAAGUACAUACAGCCCUCUGAAGAUGAGGAUGAAGAUAAUAUGGAUUAUUACCAUGAAGGAGAAGAAACAGAAAAUAUAGAAUGUGCUCCAAAACACUCAGCUGCCCUUUCCGAAAAGAACUCCAGAGUUUCUCUGUGGACGAAAGAAAAACCUAAUGACCAUCUUCAAGAAAUCAAAAAGGAAAAUCACAACUCAAUUGAAAAUCAGUUUUGGGCUGCCCAUUUUCCUCUUAAUAGAGAUGGAAUGUCUAGCAAUAACAAAUUUGAUUUGAAUAAUUACAAAGCAGAACCCUCCAUAGCCGAUAGUUUUAGAGAAAAUUCAAAUGUGAGCAGUCCAUUAGAAACUCUUUUAUCUGAAAGAAUAUACAAUUCCAACCCCUUUGAUAGUAGGUUACGGGAAAGUAUUAGUUUAAAUCAUAGUCGGAACCUCAGCGGGACAGAAAGCGAUCGGCGUAGCGUGAACGACGGGGGUAGCGAUCGUAGAGAUCGACCUAAAAGACGGAGGAAAUAUGUAACCUAUCCUGCGACUUUUCGUUUAGAGGUUGUUGAACAUGCUGAAAGGUAUGGCAAAAGUUCGGCUGCUAAAAAAUACAACAUAUGUGUUGAGAAAGUCAGUAUGUGGUGUAAAACAAAAGAUAAUAUUGUUCAUAAAGUUAAAAAGGGUGGACAACCGUCCGCCGAUGGAAGUUUCGAUGCAUCGUAUGACGAUAGAAUGGAAGACAUGUCAGCUGCAGGUUCACCUGAUCAUUUGGAUGAAGACAUGGAUGAGAUUAAAGAAAUAGGAGAUGAGAAGUCUCAACAAGUUUCUCAAGAUUUGGACAUGUUGUAUAAUUAUGACUCUGAUAUCUCAGAUAAGUUUGAACCAGAUGCCCUUCGUAGACCAGAAAUAGUAUUCCCAUCUUUUUUUAAGCACAGAGUUGUUCUUUACGCCGAAGAAAAGGGCGAAAAAGAUGCCGCAAAAGAGUUCCACGUUUGCGAGAAACGUGUUGCCAUUUGGUGCCAAGCAAAAGAAUUCAUUGCGGAGGUUGUGAACUCUAAUAAAGUUGAAGAGUGGGAGUGUGAUUUGUACGUGACUCUGAAAAAGUUACUGGAGGAGAAUUAUCAAGUUACUGUUCGUGAUCUGAUUGUUCGUGCAGAACAAGCACAGCUUGCCAGUUCUUCAACUAAAUCUACAAUAAGUACUGCCUGGUUGACUGAUUGGUGUCAAAAGUUUAAAGUUUGUUUUCGUAGUGUUGUUGAAAGCACUCCUCAGCCCUUGACGGAGAACACGUGUCUGAUCUUAGAGACGAGUCUUUUCCAAGUGGACAGAGAGGAACAGCAAAUGAUAACAAUGCGAGGCAAGAAAUUCACCAAAGUUCAGGACCUGAUCGAGAGCAGUCGCAAUUUGGAUGCUUCGCCCAGCGCGUCUGAUCGAGAAGACUCUUUCUCUUCAUUCUCGUUUAGUAGCAAGCGUAGACGGCGUUCGUACACGCUAGCUUUUAAGCUUGAGGUUGUGAAGUUUGCACAGAGUCACACGAAGCACGCGACAUCGCGAAAAUAUGGCAUUGCGCGUCGCGUCAUCAGUCGCUGGAUAGCUGACAAAGAAGUACUGCAAACAGAUCUUUUAAAUGCCACUCAACAUGUCUUAAACGAUAGCAUCACAGAACAAGUUGAUAAUGAUUUAUUUAAAUAUUACAAAGAAUUGAAGGAAAAAGGUACAAGAGUGACUAAGAGUAUGCUAAUAACCAGGGCUAAUUGCCUUUUUGAACAACAGAAUGGUGCCAAGAGUGGUCCAGGCCUGAUGUCAGCUACUAACGGCUGGUAUAAGCAUUGGGUUCUAAAAUGGAAAGACCAGGGUGAGCAAAUGAUUAUUGAAGAUGAUGACGCAACUGCUUCUAGUUCUGCUCAGCCAUCUUUGACCCCUUUGGAUUUACAAAAUUCAAGAAACUCAGAAGGAGGAAGUUCUUUGAAUGCAUUAAAGCAAGCAUACAUGACAAAUGCCAUACUGAACACCAUGAAACCUACAGAAAUGGAUCUUAAGAUAAUGUCUCAAUUUCCUGAGUUGCUGCACGUCAUUCAGCAAAAUCCAUCCAUCCUGAAUGCUGCAGCAGCUCAAAUGCAGUCCAAAGAAGCUGAACUGUACAAGGCUUGCAGCUCCUCCCUCCAAGCUGUUAUGAAUCUUUGUAAAGAUAAUUCAUCAGAUAACAGUCUUAAGUCAAAUCCAUAUUUAAAUAAUGUUGCUGAUUCAACCAUGACUGAGGAUAAAAGGAAGGCUAGUAGUGUUAAAAAGAGAAGAGAGCGCUAUUCACCAGAUUUCAAGCUAAUGGUUAUUGACUAUGCUGCCAGCCAUUCUUACCAGGAAACAUCCAGAAAAUUCGGGGUGCACCAUAUCACUGUUUCCGAGUGGUGUAAAGACAAGGACAGGAUACGCAAGAAAGUGUAUUGCGAAAAUUUACAAACAUUGCAAACUAAAAUACUCAAGUCAGAAACGGCUGAGCAGAAAUUUUUGUCGUGGAUUCAAGAUUGCAAUAAACACAAGAUCGUCAUCAAGCCGACGGAUGUACAGAGCAAAGCGAAUGAAAUUUUGAGUUUAAUAGGCGAAGCUGAAGUGAAGAAGAACUGUUGGUGGUUUUAUCUCUGGAACAAGCGAGGUAUGGAUGCCGAAAGAAUCUUCGAUGACGAAGCGGAAAUGGACGUGCUGGAAAAGGAAAGCCGCGUUAACUAUCCUCCUGCAGUUAAAGUCGAGAUAGCAAAAGUAGCCGAAAGACAAGACGUCCAUUCGGCCGCUCGAUGUUUUCGAGUUCCACGAAAGCGUAUUCGUGAGUGGGUGAAGUGUAAAGACAAGCUAAAAUGGCUCGCUGAAAGUGGACAGGUACGUGAUCGCACUGCUGCCCUUGGUGGACGCAAACUGAAUUGUUUAGAUGUGGAUAAAGAAGUUUACGAAUGGUACAUUAAUUGUCGAGCCCAAGACACGACUCCCCAGUUAUCCGACAUCCGUACUAAAGCUUCAGAAUUGUUUCUAAAGAAUGGAUUGAGCAAUAUGAAAUGCAGCAAAGCGUGGCUUAAGAAUUGGUGCAAGAAAUACGGUGUAAGCAGGAGCCUGCAGAAAGAUAGCCAACUGAUCAAGUGGAUUCUGUCUCGAUAUGACAAGAACGUGCCCAUCACCAAUCAGGAAUUGGUUGAGUAUGUUGUUUCUCAAAAAAUGAAAAGUGGCGUCCAAUUGAAUGACGAAUCUGCAGAAGAUUAUGUGUUUUCGUUUUGCAAACGUUAUCCCAAACUUUUGGAAGCACUUCCCAGCAUAGGGGAAACGUUUCCUGAAGAAAUGGAAGCUGAAGUUGCUAAAUUCAGGUGCAUGGUUAAGGACUUGCAAGAAGAAAACCAUUGCUACACCCCCAUGUCGAUCGGAUGCAUGGACGAAGUUCCAUUUUUGUUCACAAGUUCCGGUACUGAAAGACGCGUUAUCAUCAACAGCGGAAUGAGUACUUGGAAUGCAGUGGUUAUUCUUUCUUGCUUAGCGGAUGGUGUUAUCUUACCACCAAUGAUAAUACUUAAGGGAUCUGAAAACUCCUCUCCCCCCGAAGGAAUACCUAAUGUUGUAUUUAGUGAAAAACUUUUAGUGGAAGAACACAGUAUAAAGAAGUGGAUUCGUGAUAUUUGGUUAACCAAAGUACCAUCACCAAGUAUGAUUCUAAUGGACUGUUUUCAACCUCAUAAAUAUAGCCCGACUCAAGAAUUCAUGCUUAAUUCUGGCAUCACACCAGUAAUUAUGCCUGAAGGCUGCGCUUCUAAACUUCAGCCUCUCAGUGCAUGCAUCACGAGAAAUUUUCAGGAAUUAGUUCAAGAGAUCUGGAAUUCUUCCCGGAGCUCAAAUUCCUCUGAAAAUCAAGCGGCAACCGUUACUUAUCUCCCGUCACCGAUCGAAGUGGUCCGGUGCAUAAUGGAUGCUUUCGAUAAACUGAAAAGUCAGCGCGACCUGGUUCGACGUAGCUUUAUUGUCACAGGCGUGGCUGUCGCUCCCGACGGCAGUGAAGAUGCUCUCAUCGAGAAUUCUGAGUGGUUUGGGUAUUCCGGUGAUGAGCAUGUUUUAUCCCCUGCCAGUGAAAGCGAAAAUGAUUCCGACUUAGAUGGCUGACGUUUUCAUUAUUGAGUAAAAUAUAGUUUUUCUAAAAAAAAAAGAAGAGAAAAUAAUGUGCAAAAUAGAUCCGGUGCGAUAUGACCUCAGAUGCUUAACCUGUGUCGUGAUAUUCAUGUAUAGUCUUUUAUCAUUUCAUUCAACCUAUUUAUUUUCUUGUAAACUUUAUGUGAAGAUUUUUUCAUUUCCUGUUUUAAUAUAAUUUAUCAGUUUUAGUGCAUUAACUACUUUUACUCUUGCACUUAAAUUUUAUAGGGGGCUCGUACGGGUAUUAUUUUGUGCAGCUUUCAUAAACACAAUGGUUUGAAAAAGUGUGGGACCAUUUUUUUCCCUUCCUAAUUUAACAAACUGCAUCAUUUCUUAAAGAUUGUAUAUAAGUAUGAUUUAUUUAUGUAUAUUUUUCCACUGCCUUUUGCUUUUUAGCAUUUGAUUGUAUGCUUCUAAAGCAUGACAUGACCACUAUGCAAUUUAUAUAUAUAUAUAUAUUAUAGAGAUUGUA